AAGAUGACCAAAACUCAAGCGCAGAAGCAACGACUUACCUUGAACAGGGAGCAGUUCAUGAUGGUUGUUCCUCGUUGGUGCUAUGGAAGGCAUGACGGAUGGGCGAGUUUGGUGGAUAGGUGGCUCGGCGACGAUGCAGAGUUUGCUGCGAAGAGCAUCAAGGCCCAGGCUAACCGUGGAAAAGACGGGACACACGGCCAAGGAAACAGGAACCACUGGGGCUUCAAGGCCAUGAAGGAGGACAAGUUGAAGAGGCCGCUCUCAGACAUUGAGUCGUGGAAGCUGGCCCGCGAGCGGAGUGAUCCCAAGGAUGGCGAGUGCCAGUACUAUGGCAAGACCGAGGAGCACCUGGAGUCUUACACUCAGAACUAUCAGAAGUUGCAUCCGGAUGUUCCUGUUCCUGAGGUCGCCCGGUCUCAGAUCGACGACACGGCGGUGGUGGCCAUCCAGGGGAAGUCACAUGGCCGGUAUCCGUGUUUCGAUGGCUUGAUCACUCCUUCGAUCUCGUACACACGGCUUCGGGCUACCAACCCGAGCCAGUUAGAGAGUACGGGGCGUUCACAGACUCCCUUAGCCCGCCAGCAUGCUAUAAGUACUUCCCCUUUAUCUUUUUCUCUCUAGCAUUCUCAGUUUAUUUUCAGCAUUGCUCACUUAGAAACAACCUAAAUUAUGUAGGCAUAUAAGGCCUUUGUCGAGCAUAGGAAUCUCGAGGUGCGAGAGUACUUGCAACGAGUGAAGGCAAACGAUGAUUACAACCGUC